AUGACAGACUCCAAGUAUUUUACCACGAACAAGAAGGGAGAGAUAUUUGAGCUGAAGGCAGAGCUGAAUAAUGAGAAGAAGGAGAAGCGAAAAGAGGCGGUCAAGAAGGUCAUCGCUGCAAUGACUGUGGGCAAGGACGUCAGUUCUCUGUUCCCAGACGUGGUGAACUGCAUGCAGACUGAUAACCUGGAGCUGAAGAAGCUGGUCUACUUGUACCUGAUGAACUACGCCAAGAGCCAGCCCGACAUGGCCAUCAUGGCGGUCAACAGCUUUGUCAAGGACUGCGAGGACCCAAACCCUCUGAUCCGAGCCCUGGCCGUACGCACCAUGGGCUGCAUCCGUGUGGACAAGAUCACCGAGUACCUGUGCGAGCCGCUGAGGAAGUGCCUGAAGGACGAGGACCCGUAUGUGAGGAAGACCGCGGCCGUGUGUGUGGCCAAGCUCCACGACAUCAACGCUCAGAUGGUGGAGGACCAGGGCUUUCUGGACUCACUCCGAGACCUCAUCGCAGACUCUAACCCCAUGGUGGUGGCCAACGCAGUGGCAGCUCUUUCUGAGAUCAGCGAGUCUCACCCCAACAGUAACCUGCUAGACCUGAACCCCCAGAACAUCAACAAGCUGCUGACCGCACUCAACGAGUGCACAGAGUGGGGUCAGAUCUUCAUCCUGGACUGUCUGUCAAACUACAACCCCAAGGACGAGCGCGAGGCCAAGAGCAUCUGCGAGCGUGUGACCCCCAGACUGUCCCACGCCAACUCAGCCGUGGUGCUGUCCGCGGUCAAAGUGCUGAUGAAGUUCCUGGAGCUUCUGCCCAAAGACUCUGAAUACUACAACACUCUGCUGAAGAAGCUGUCCCCUCCUCUGGUCACUCUGCUGUCCGGAGAGCCCGAGGUGCAGUACGUGGCCCUGCGCAACAUUAACCUCAUUGUGCAGAAGAGGCCAGAGAUUCUGAAAUCGGAGAUCAAGGUGUUUUUUGUCAAAUACAACGACCCCAUCUAUGUGAAGCUGGAGAAACUGGACAUCAUGAUCCGCCUGGCGUCCCAGGCCAACAUCGCACAGGUGCUGGCCGAGCUGAAGGAGUAUGCUACGGAGGUGGACGUCGACUUUGUGCGUAAAGCUGUGCGCGCUAUCGGCCGCUGUGCCAUCAAAGUGGAGCAAUCUGCCGAGCGCUGCGUUAGCACUCUGCUCGACCUGAUCCAGACCAAGGUCAACUACGUGGUGCAGGAGGCCAUUGUGGUCAUCAGAGACAUCUUCCGCAAGUAUCCCAACAAGUAUGAGAGCAUCAUCGCCACGCUGUGUGAAAACCUGGACUCCCUGGACGAGCCAGAUGCUCGCGCUGCCAUGAUCUGGAUUGUGGGCGAGUACGCAGAAAGGAUCGACAACGCGGACGAGCUGCUGGAGAGCUUCCUGGAGGGUUUCCAUGACGAGAGCACACAGGUGCAGCUGACUUUGCUCACGGCCAUCGUGAAGCUGUUCCUCAAGAAGCCGUCUGAGACCCAGGAGCUGGUGCAGCAGGUCUUGAGCCUGGCCACACAGGACUCCGAUAACCCAGACCUGCGUGAUCGAGGCUACAUCUACUGGCGCCUGCUGUCCACAGACCCGGUGACGGCCAAGGAGGUGGUUCUGUCGGAGAAGCCCCUGAUCUCUGAGGAGACUGACCUGAUCGAGCCCACGCUGCUGGACGAGCUCAUCUGCCACAUCGGCUCUCUGGCCUCAGUCUACCACAAACCUCCCAACGCCUUUGUGGAGGGCAGCCACGGGAUCCACCGCAAGCACCUGCCUGUGCAGCACAGCAGCAUCGACACCGGGGAGAGCCCUGUGAGCAGUGGGCCCUCCGCAGGCAUAGAGCAGACGCACGUCAUCCCCAGUCAGGGAGACCUCCUGUUGGACCUGCUCAACCUGGACCUGGGCCCACCCGUCAACGUGCCCCAGGUGUCCUCCAUGCAGGUGGGGGCCGUGGACCUGCUGGGGGGAGGCCUGGACAGUCUGCUGGGGGGAGACCUUGGAGGAGGUGUUGGGGGAAGUCCGGCAGUGGGUCAGAACUUCAUCCCGUCUUCAGUGCCCAGUACGUUUGCCCCCUCUCCCACUCCUGCUCCUCCAGCCACCUCCAGCGGCCUCAACGACCUGUUCGAGCUCUCCUCCAGCAUGGCCAUCACCACGGGCGGAUACGUGCCUCCUAAAGCCGUGUGGCUGCCUGCAGUGAAGGCCAAAGGGCUGGAGAUCUCUGGGACCUUCUCGCGUCGACAGGGCCACAUGUACAUGGACAUGGCCUUCACCAACAAGGCCCUGCAGCACAUGACCGACUUCGCCGUCCAGUUCAACAAGAACAGUUUUGGGAUGAUUCCGACCAGUCCUCUCCCCAUCCACACUCCCCUGAUGCCCAACCAGAACAUCGAAGCCUCUCUGCCCAUCAACACCGUCGGGCCGGUCAUGAAGAUGGACCCCCUGAACAACCUGCAGGUGGCUGUGAAAAACAACAUUGACGUCUUCUACUUCAGUGUGCUCAUCCCUCUGAACAUAUUCUUUGUAGAGGAUGGGAAAAUGGAGCGACAGGUGUUCCUGGCCACUUGGAAAGACAUCCCCAAUGAGAACGAGCUGCAGUACCAGAUAAAGGAAUGCCAUCUAAACGCAGACACCGUGUCGGGCAAGCUCCAGAACAACAACAUUUACACCAUCGCCAAGAGGAACGUGGAGGGCCAGGACAUGCUCUACCAGUCUCUCAAACUCACCAACGGCAUCUGGAUCCUGGCUGAGCUGCGCAUCCAACCUGGCAACCCCAACUACACGCUGUCCCUGAAGUGCCGCGCCCCGGAGGUCUCCCAAUACAUCUACCAAAUGUACGACUCCAUCCUCAAGAACUAA